GCAGAGAGGGGUGGAGGACACGGAAUGGAGGCCAGUGGAGGGAUUGGCAGAGAGGGGUGGAGGACACUGAAUAGAGGUCAGUGGAGGGAUUGGCAGAGAGGGGUGGAGGACACUGAAUAGAGGUCAUUGGAGGGAUUGGCAGAAGAGGGGUGGAGGACACGGAAUGGAGGCCAGUGGAGGGAUUGGCAGAGAGGGGUGGAGGACACUGAAUGGAAGCCAGUGUGGGGAUUGGCAGAGAGGGGUGGCAGAUACAGAGCGGUUGGAGAUGGUGAGGAGAUGGUCGGAGAUGUGGCGGAGGUCGGAGAUGUGGCGGAGGUUGGGAGAUGGUGCGGAGGGGUGGAGAUGUGGCGGAGUUUGGAGAUGGUGCGGAAGUUGGAGAUGGUGCGGAGGUUGGAGAUGU